AAACAAAAAUGUGGUGAAAUUAGUCUUUUCCCUCUUGCCCCAUAAGUAGCAAACGUGUUAUAAGCACAUAUACGUGUACAAUCAUUUUCAAAUUAACGAUGAAAGUCUUGUCAGGUUAUGCUUUUCAUCACGUGUUUCACAAUGUUGUUGUCCACAUUGUUUUAGGUUGAAGUUAACGUUACCAAACGCCGGUGUACAGUUAACGUUAGCUAACUAAAUAGCUGACUUAGAUGCGUUGUUUCACAAUUGUGUACUUUAACCUACCAAUUUGCGUGAAGGUGUUUAGAACUCGGAGCAGUUUCCAAACAAGUUAAGCAUGCUGUGAACCACACAACAUUUGUUUAUGUGAUUUAUAUAGAAUCAUCAGAACACGUUCUGUACUAGCCUGAAAAGGUUUAAGCGACUUCCUACCUCAUUAAACAUCCUAAAGACCAAUUAAUCAUAGUCAGAUUUCCAUAGACUUGUCUGGUAUGACCAGGUUCAAGAUCCUGGUCCAGACAUUUUCAAACCGUGUUUGGCUGCGGUGUCACCUUUGACCUCCGCCUAGUUGAAUGCGUGGACGUGGUUCUAAACAGAUAGUAGAACAGGGCACAUUAGUCUGACACACCAAUACAUCAGAUGAGGAACUUAAUGAUAAAUAUAGGAAAAUAGUGAAACGUGUGCCAUGUAAACAAAAGCAGUAUGAAAGAUGGAAGAAGAUCAGCCCAGGAAAAGGCGCCGCCCCAACUUCUCAGAUGAGGAGAUUUUGGCUCUGGUGAUUGCGGUGUCUAAAAAUCAAGAUAUUUUGUUUGGGAAAUUUCAUUUGGACAUUGGCAGUACAGCCAGCAGUCUGAAAACUACUGCCUGGGAGAAUGUGACUGAUGCUGUAAACGGCAUCAGUGAAGUGCGCAGAAACACAGACGAAGUCAGAAAGAAGUACAAGCACUUCAAGUCUGAGGUGAAGAAAAAGAAGGCAAAUGAGAAGAAGCACCUCAAAGGAACAGAUGCACGUCUGGCCAAGAGGGUUUACUACACUCCCGCCGAGAAAGCCCUCCUGAACCUCUUAGCGGAGCAGUCUGCGGUGGGGAGUUCAGAGGUGCCUUGUCUAAAUGAUGUGGAACUGGCUGUUGAAGAGAAAGAGGAACCACAUUCACCAGUGUCAGGGGAGCACCUGGUGAGGCCAUCUUCCCCCGCUCCUGUGAUGGGGCUGCCUGCUGAAGAACCAGGGCCGUCAACCUCUGUGCUCACUACGGAAACUUCUGCACCAGUGUCACCAACAACGAAUCAUCUGUCUUCAAGACACCGAGGAUCAAGGCGGACAUUAAGCCAGCGCCGAAGGCAGCUUCCCAACCAUCAGGGAACAAUGGAGGACAUGCUUGGGGUUCAAAGACAAAUAAGAGAUUUGCUGCAGGACCUCAACAACACAGUAGCCACUGGAUUCAGAGACAUAGCAGCAGCUAUAAGAUAUGUGGCAGACAAAGGCAGUCAUACAUGAGUUAAAGGUCCUCAUUUGCAUAGGAUUCAACUUUUUCCAACUUUUAUCGGUCGCGUCGCCCAAAACGGUGGUCUACGUCACAAUGGAUUGGCUCCCGUUGAAAUGCAUGGGAUUUAGAAUAUCGCGUCGCUCGUAACGGUGUCAUGGGUUUGCACCGUUUAGUUUUUUUUUGCGGGAGAUUGUUGAUAUUUGAACUCCUUUCCCCUACAUUUCGAACUCAUGAAGCAACAUGCCGAGUGGCUGGUAUUGUUUAUAGCUUGGCCCAAACCACUGUGUUUGUUUGUACU